UCUGGUGCACCAGCAAAGAUGACCGACAUAGCCAUGGCCGUAGCUAGUCCAGUCCUUGGAGUCUACCACCACAUCUUUGGAGACAAGCUGUAUUCAUCAGUAGAACUAUCCCAGCGCACCUCCUUGCAGACAGGACCUACUACACUGGAGCUGUAAAGUCCACCAAAAAAAAUCUGCCCUGUGACUUCAGUACCAACCCAGACAAAAAUCCCCAGCAGCACAACAAAAUCAAGAACCUUAACAAGAUGCCACGAGGCAGCUUUUACAGCAGGCAGGCAGGUCAGCUUACUGUUGUCGACUGGAAUGAUUCUAAAGUCAUGAUGCUGCUGAGCACAGCGCAUCAAGGGCACCGGAAUUGCCUGAUCCACCAGGUUGAACGUAAGCCGGUCGAUGAUGGCGGAAGGCGGCCAAAGACAGCUGUUCCUGCCCCACGACAGGCCAUUGAUUAUACUAUCUCCAUGGGAGGUGUGGACAGGACUGACCAGCUUCGGUCUUACUAUACUUGUUCAUGGAAGUUUCAGAAGUGGUGGAAAAAGCUGAUGUAUUUCCUCAUCGAUGUAUGCAGAGUGAAUGCCUGGCUGUCCUACAUCCGCCAUCAUCCUGCCACCCACAUCACAUCUACAUCUGCAUCAGGAUGACCUGGCAUGCAGAGUGGCACUAUCAGCCACUCCAAGUUCAUCAUGGAGGUAGCCAAGGGGCUGAUUGAUGGGUUUUCCAAAGGCAGCGCUCUUCGCCAGUCAAGCACCCAACCACUGUCGUCACACAGCGCUCCACUCCACCAGA